UGUUCGAAGCCCAAGUCAAGCCAGCCCCUCUCUCUCUCUCACACUCUUCUCUUUGCCUCUAGGGGAAGAAGAAGCCCUCUCAUUCGUGCAUACCAUAGGCUCUCUGCAACUUUGCAGCUCUUUCUUUUUCCUAUUACAAUUUUUCUCUGAUAAGAGGAUAGGAGAGGAAGAAGAAGGGGAAGGAAGUGAGAGAAUCUGCAGAUCAGAUCCUUCCCAAGGAAAAGGGGGAAAGAAAAUCUGCGAGAGCUCUUAUAAAAGAUCCUGAAAAAGAGAUAAAUCUGACCCAUAGAGCAAGAACUCAAAGAAACCCACUUUUUUUAUUUUUUAACGAAAAAACGUCAAUCAUCAUUAUCAUCAUCCUCUCUGUUUUCCUUUCCCAGAUUGUCUGCUUGAUAACCAUUCUCCACAUAUUGUGAGUGAGACACCGAGGCCGGAGACAGAAUCAGAGAUUGUUCCGUACAAGCAAGAAACAUCACCCCUUUCAUAAUAUGACAUAGACAUCCUUAAUAUCCGAAGCCGUACACUGAUUUCCCUCUCUGCUGAGGUAUCGUGUGAGAUAUAUAUAUAUAUAUAAGAGAGAGAGAGAGAGAGAGAGAGAGAGAGGAGUGAUGGAUUUUUGGCCGGAGUUUCUGGCGAGCAGCUGGGGGAAGGAGUUCGUGGCUGGUGGCUUCGGCGGGGUCGCGGGGAUUGUAUCGGGAUACCCUCUCGACACCCUCAGAAUCCGGCAGCAGAGCUCGGGUUCCGGUUCGAGCUCCGCCAUUAACAUCCUCAGGGGAAUCGUCCGGAAUGAAGGGCUGGCCGCCCUGUACAGAGGUAUGGGAGCUCCUCUUGCCUCCGUCACUUUCCAGAAUGCCAUGGUCUUCCAAAUCUACGCCGUCCUCUCUCAGGCGUUUGACACAUCAGUCUCGAUCAAGGACCCGCCGUCUUACAAGGGUGUCGCACUGGGAGGAGUUGGCACUGGGGCAAUCCAGAGCCUGAUACUCACCCCGGUUGAGCUUGUGAAGAUCCAGCUCCAACUGCAAGACCAGAACCGCCCCAAAACACAUCCAAUGUACUGUCAUAAGGGUCCGCUGAGCGUUGCUAGAAGCAUCUUCCACACAAAGGGUCUCCGAGGAAUGUACCGUGGAUUGGGGAUUACGGUCCUAAGGGACGCGCCAGCUCACGGGUUUUACUUCUGGACCUACGAGUAUAUGAGAGAGCAGUUCCACCCCGGGUGCAGAAAGAGCGGCCAGGAGAGCCUGAGGACAAUGCUGGUGGCAGGCGGGCUGGCGGGAGUCGCUAGCUGGAUCUGCUGUUACCCGUUGGACGUCAUAAAGACCCGAUUACAGGCCCAGUCUCCGCUUGCACCGCUGAAGUAUAACGGGAUUGUGGAUUGCCUGAGGAAGAGUGUGAGGGAGGAUGGAUAUGGGGUCCUGUGGAGGGGGCUCGGGACUGCCGUGGCCAGGGCAUUCGUGGUGAACGGUGCUGUCUUUUCUGCCUACGAGAUCGCCCUGAGAUGCUUGUUCAAUAAUGGCGAUCACGCUAGCAUUCCAACAGAAAAUGCGCUCUAAGUUUGGUAAUUGAUAAUAGCAGAAUCGGAGACUUCAAGUUGAAGUACUCGACUGACAAUGGAAGGAAGAAGAUUCGUCUUGAUUGUGCAGCUGCAGAACAUUGUUUACGUUGAUCUUGCUAUUAUUUUCUACAAUUCAUAUAGCCAUUUGGAUCAUAGGCGCUGAAGCAGUAAAAAUUAAUUUUGGACAUUUUUUCUA